AUGGCAGCACCGGGGAAUAAGUUCUUCAUCCAGCACAGGCUAGGCCAGUCGGCACCGCACCACGCGAGCUUCGAGGCUCUGUGGGAGACGAAAUGGAAGCCCCUGUGCGAAAUGGGCGUGUACCCGUUCAUGUUCGGCGCCACGAAGGACUUCCAGCCCGUCGUCGACAGCAUCGUCGCGAAGGGUCUCAAGGAGCCCUACGACUGGGACGAGUAUGCGCAGUGCUUCUUCCCGAAGGCCGAGGAGCUUGUAUCCAGUGCAGAGGCUGCAGAGAAUGAAGGCGACAAGGAGAAGGCUUCCGAGUUGUACCUGAGAGGCUCGGCUCUCUAUCGCAUCGCGCGCUUCCCGGCACCGCGGUCAGAGAAGCAGAGAUACGCAUGGGCGAAGGGGAAAGAGGCUGCCACCAAGGGUCUCGGUCUACAGGACUACCCCAUGGUAGAGGUCGCGAUACCGCACAAACACGCCCACAACGGAGACGCACCGGUUCUACCUGCGUACUUCCACCUCCCGCGGGCUGCCUCGGAGUCGCGCAAGGCGCCUCUAAUAAUCAUCUUCACCGGCCUCGACGGCUACCGCACCGAGCUGGCCGUCUGGAAGGAAGGCUGGGCGCAAUUGGGUGUCGCCGUGCUGAUUGUCGAGAUUCCCGGCACUGGCGAUAAUCCUGGAAACCCGUCCGAUCCGGACAGCCCGGAUCGCGUCUGGACUAGCAUGUUUGACUGGAUUGGCGAACAAGCGGGCAUCGACCAGAGCCGGAUCGUCAACUGGGGCUUUAGCACGGGAGGGUAUUACUCGAUCCGCAUCGCGCAUACGCAUGCCGAUAAGUUGAAAGGGGUGGUUGCGCUCGGCGGUGGCUGCCAUCACAUGUUCGACCCUGAGUGGCUGGAUGCUGUGGAUCUCUUGGAAUACCCCUUCGACUUGGCUCAGACGCUCUGCUACAAGUUCGGCUACGGAACUGACUUCGAUCGCUUCAAGAAAGAGGCACGGGAGAGGUUCUCGCUACUCGACUCCGGCAUUCUUGACAAGCCAUGUGCGCGCCUCCUGCUAGUGAACGGAACCGAUGACGAGAUCUUCCCUAUUGAUGACUAUUACCUAUGUCUCCAGCAUGGUGAGCCGAAGGAAGCCCGUUUCGUACCUGGCACGAAGCACAUGGGCGAGCCGACGUCGUUCUUCAUCAUUCUUCCUUGGAUCUUCAAGCUGCUUGAGAUAGAGGGGGAUGUGCGACGCUUCAUGUCAACUAUCCCGUUCAAACCGAAGUACUGA